CGAACUAGAGACGGGAUCGGCGAUCGAGCGACAAGCAUGUGUUGCGGGAGAACCGGAAUGAGGCGUCUGCGGACGGGAUGUUUGCUUUGGGCGGCAGUGGUGGCGGCAGCGGUCCGCGUUGCCGUCCCCGGUGCCGCUCCCGUCUGUGGAGUUGCGUUCGUCGCAGCGCUGGCGGCACCCACGGUGUACCGGUAUUUUGGGUACGGAUCCAACGUGAUUCCCAGCACGAUGAAGGCACUCCGGCAGAUCGAGGUCCGGGAGGUCACGGCCGCCGUCUUGCCCGGCUACGAGCUGCGGUUCGAAUCGGCGGCCUUUGUGCGCCCCCUGCCGGAUCCUCCGGCGGGCGACCGCGGGGAACGCAGCAGCGACAAAGCCAGCGAGAACGACGAUCCCAACAGAGGUGCCACGGGGCCUGCCGUUCACGGAUUGCUGUACACCCUCACCGAGGACGAAUUCGCCAUGGUAGGGUCGACGGAGGGGGUCCCGUUUGGCUAUCGGUGGCAGUCCUGUUUCGUAUAUCCCUAUCGGGGCAACGGGAAACGAGCGGGGCAAGACGCAGUGAUCGACCCGGGUGUCGAGCCGAUCCGGGCCUAUACGCUCGUGGAAUCAAGGGUGCCCGCGUCCGGCAGACAAGAACCGAGACAGACCCAGCAACGGCGUUCCAUAAGCAACGACGGGAGGCCGCCGAGUGCGUCGUACCUGGGUCUUAUUCGGGAGGGAGCCCGGCUGUGGAAGUUCGACAGGACCUACCAGGACGAACUUGCGACGGUGAGCGUCGCAAAGAGCCGCAACGUGCUCGUUCCAGAUGGAUGGGAGGGGCCCGCGCUGGAGCUGGCCGAAAAGGCCACCGGGACGAAACGCACCUACAUGAUCGACGGGUAUUGAUCGCUGCCUUCUUUUACUUUUUUUCAACGGACGCCAUCCGAGAGACAAGGGCGCAGCGAGCGAUGGCAAUGACGAGAACGACCGUUCCGGCGGGGUAGCCAUAGUGCCGCACCA